AUGCCUUCCCCGCUUUCUACACCACCACCAGAAAAGAAUGCUGCUUUUUCUUCUUGUAUCGUUAAUUCAAAUGGAGACUCAUCAGCUAUUUCUUUACCAACAUUUGAAUUUCCUUCCUGCCAAUUAGGCCAGGAUUCUUUUGCGCAGCCUGGUAUGUCUGAAAAAUUGGCUUCACCACAUUACUCUGAAUCCAUAUCGCUUUCUUCUUCAAAUGAAACAUCUCCUCUUCCAUAUUUGGAAGACAUUCAGUUUUCUAUUGUCAUUCCUACCACAACCGAUACUUCAGCUCUUCAGGCUUUGACGUCAGCCUCACAACAUCACACAGAUCUUAUGUUUUUUGAUCUUGAAUCGCAUGUAAUCCCAACCACUCUGGAAAAUUCGGUGAUUGCAGCACCAAUUGUUGCGUCUUUUUCAUCAACAAAUCACUCGAAUGAUGAGCCUGUGACAAUACCUGGCCAUAUCCCCACGCACUUCAAUAGCCAUCGUCACCACUUUCCAGGCCAAAUUUCAUCCGAAUCAUGUUUUACCAGCACUACAUAUAGUCACACUCCAUUUUAUAUCUCAGACCCUUCUGAGGAAGGGGUUGUAGCGGCAAAUUCUACAAUGAAUGCUGGCUCUAUUAGCGUAACGGCAACUUCGACUGGCAUUAAUAGUUUACAUUCUUCUGGACAUAAUAUUGAUGGGUAUAUUAAAUACUGCCACCCUUAUAUAUCUGAAGAGCUAGUGGGGGGAAUUAAUGACGCUUCUAGAGAAGCCGGAUUUGAACUUGAGGGAAUUGCUGCUAAAGUAGCUUCAGAAGUGAGCAGUAAACUCGAUUGCAAGAGCCAAGGGUUGAAAGAAAAGCCCGCGGAGCCAGUUGUUGAUAGUGAUAAUGUGUUACAGCCAAAGGAGGAGCCAAAAGAAAAAACGAGUGCCAAAAAACUUAAAAAGAAGGCAGUCAUCCCUAUUAACAGAUUACAGCACCAGCACCAGCGACAGCAGAAUCAGAAUCAGAAUCAGAAUCAGAAACAGAAACAGGAGCAGCCGCCAUUGUCCAUUGGGAUUUCUAAUGCUAUUGGCGACUCCACUAUAAAAGCAACGACAAAUACUACUACUGCAGCAACAAUAGCAAGCACUACAUCUACUAGCACAAAAGUUCCGACGGAAAUCAAGUCAGAAUCUUCUAAAUCUACUAUAAAUAACACACCAGUACCAAAGCUCAAGCGGAAAAGAACUACUCGCCGGCGGCUAACUGUUCAUCAAAAGAUUGCACAUAAUAAAAUUGAAAAGAAGUACCGCACCAAUAUUAAUGAAAAAAUUUUUGGGCUACAAGAUCUGAUGCCAUCGUCAUAUAUUACAGAUUUUGGGGUCAAAGAUUUUGACCAACUUACUGAGGAAGACAAGAAUGUGCUUGCAGAGGAGGAAGAUGAUAUGAUGAUUAAUGGUUGUGUUGAGCGGACAGUUGAGCAGAAUGUGCGCCCAAAUAAAUCGAGCAUUUUAGAGCGAGCAGCAAAUUACAUCAUGUAUCUAAAGAGUACAAACUAUUAUCUGCGUCAGGAAAACUGUUCACUGUUGAAGGGAGAAGACUUAUGA